AUGAAACCCAAAAUCAUAAGGCCAGAAUUAAUUACAAGAAAAUUUGAAGCAAAUGAGCAGUCACAGAAUUAUUUUCCGCUUCCAUAUCACGAUGAAUGCACUGACCAAACCACCUUGCGAGUUGCGGCUAUAUUGUAUUGCGGAUGCACUAUCAUACAUAUGGCCAAGGGUAGAAAGGUUGGUGGUGUGGAGCAUACUGGGGAUACUUCACCCACCAAACAACCCAUUGAUAACCCACAAUUUCCUACGGGUGGAGAUGCAAAGAAACACUCUACCAUCACAAGAACAGCAGCAAGAUCACAAAGCCGGGUGAAGCAGCCAAUUCUCAAAGAUUUUAUAUUCGAACUUGCCAUCAUCCAGCAUAUCGAUCUUGUUGCUAUUCGACUGGAGCAAAAUGCCUCAUAUCAGACACAGGAAAUCUGCACAUGCAUUACAGGAAGAAUUGCUGAGCAGUUCCUUUAA